GCCGGUCCCGUGACCCCGCCUCGCUCCUCCCGGUGUGCGCUAAAGAUGGCGGACGAGGAGGGGGACGGGUUGUUGUCCCGGAACGGCGGGGGCCCACGGGUGGUGCGGAUAGUGAAGUCUGAGUCCGGGUACGGCUUCAACGUGCGGGGCCAGGUGAGCGAGGGCGGCCAGCUCCGGAGCAUCAACGGCGAGUUGUACGCCCCUCUGCAGCAUGUCAGUGCCGUACUCCCCGGGGGAGCUGCCGACCGGGCCGGCAUCCGCAAAGGAGACCGCAUUCUGGAAGUAAACGGGGUGAACGUGGAAGGAGCCACUCACAAGCAAGUGGUGGAUCUGAUCCGAGCCGGGGAGAAGGAGCUCAUCCUCACAGUGUUAUCGGUUCCCCCCCACGAAGCCGAAAGCCUGGACCCCAGCGAUGACUCUUCGGGGCAAUCGUUCUACGACUACACCGAGAAGCAGGCCGUUCCCAUCUCGAUCCCCACUUACAAGCACGUGGAGCAGAGCGGGGAGAAGUUUGUGGUGUACAAUGUCUACAUGGCGGGCCGGCAGCUGUGCUCCAAGAGAUACCGCGAGUUCGCCAUCCUCAACCAGAACCUGAAGCGGGAAUUUGCCAAUUUCACCUUUCCUCGGCUGCCGGGGAAGUGGCCGUUCUCCUUAUCGGAGCAGCAGCUAGACGCCCGGCGGCGAGGCUUAGAGGAGUACCUGGAGAAAGUUUGCUCCAUUCGAGUGAUCGGGGAGAGCGACAUUAUGCAGGAGUUCCUGUCCGAGUCGGACGAGAACUAUAACGGGGUGUCCGAUGUGGAGCUGCGGGUUGCGUUGCCUGACAAAACCACGGUGACCGUUCGGGUUAAGAAGAACAGCACCACGGACCAGGUGUACCAGGCUCUCGCGGCCAAGAUCGGGAUGGAUGGAAUCACAGCCAAUUAUUUUGCCUUGUUUGAGGUCAUUAAUCACUCCUUUGUCAGGAAGCUGGCACCCAAUGAAUUCCCACACAAGCUGUAUGUACAGAAUUACACGUCGGCUGUUCCCGGCACCUGCCUCACCGUCAGGAAAUGGCUUUUCACCACUGCCGAGGAGGUCCUGCUGAAGGAUAACGAUUUGGCGGUCUCUUUCUUUUUCCACCAGGCAGUGGAUGAUGUGAAGAGAGGAUAUAUUAAAGCAGAUGACAAAUCCUACCAGCUGCAGAAGUUGUGUGAACAGCGCAAGAUGUUGAUGUACCUGAAUAUGGUGCGGAGCUGCGACGGCUACAAUGAGAUCAUGUUCCCGCACUGCUCGUGUGAUUCCCGCAGGAAGGGCCACGUGAUCACCGCCAUCAGUAUCAAGCACUUCAAGCUGCUGGCCUGUACAGAGGAGGGACAGCUGGAGAACCAGGUGAUCGCGUUUGAGUGGGACGAGAUGCAGAGGUGGGACACUGAUGAAGAAGGGAUGGCGUUCUGCUUUGAGUACGCCCGGAGCGAGAAGAAGCCACGAUGGGUGAAGAUCUUUACUCCAUAUUUUAAUUACAUGCACGAGUGCUUCGAGAGAGUCUUCUGUGAACUCAAAUGGCGGAAAGAGGUGGAAGAGGAAGCCACAGACAAAGACAACAAGAACUGCAGUAACGACAGCACGUGCAGCAAGAACGUCUUUCAGAUCGUACGAAUGCAGCACAAAGAUACCAGCACCUAGGGCCGGCCGCCCGAUCGGAUCCUCACCCCUCUCGCCCGGCAGAGCUCCGUAACACAAGAAGCCCAUCUCAUCGAGUAAACAUGAAGCAGGCGGACUGAAAAGCAUUUACCCCGGCACCACUCCUUUCUGGUCUCCACCGCAGGGGUUACGAAUUCAGGUGUCACGAGACUUCCGGGACCCUCCCU